AUGAUGGAUGAAGCUUUAGUAUCGAAUAAUUGCGAACGAAGUGAUGCAUUACGGUACUUGGUCGUUGUAGAAAGCGCUGCUGUGUUGCAGUUGGCUGUUUCUCGUAGUGUACUGGCAGCGGCAACAGAAUGCGGUGGCUACUUUUCACGCUCACUUCAGAAGCGUGUGGCAGUGAUUGGCGAAGGAGCACUGGGCGCUUCCUCAGCACUGGCUCUCAUUGAACGUGAUCCCACACUCAAUAUAACAGUCUUCUACGAUGUUCCAUUCAGGAGGACAGUUAGCUGGGGUCCUGCUGGUCUAUUUCGUGUCGACACCAUUCAAAACAGACCUUACGGGAAGCGAUCAUUUCCUCGAUAUGCAAAAUUAUUUCGAGAACUGGGAGGUGAGCAGUGUGGUGUUAAUUUAUUGUCUGGUCACAUACUUUCGACAAAUCUCACUGAACUUGUUGAACAGGUUAGCAGUUUAGUGAUUACCUUUAUGGGUAUCCAUCCUUUUUCCCCACAGUUUCUGAAAUUGAAGAAAGCCUGA